GUGUUUAAAGUCUGGAGCCGGAGAUGGUGACGUCAGAUGACUGGACCAAGUCAGCGAUGAGAGAUGGAGAAGUGGUGGCUGAGCUUCUUGUUAGGCUCAAGAAAGCCCAAGUAAGGCCUGCUCUGUCCACAAGCCUGACGCUCCGGUGGGGAAACCGGCAGCCACGGUCUAGUAAAGAAGCUGAUUCAGCGAGAUGUAGUAGCCCGAGUACACCGCUCUCUUGGAGCGCUUCUUCUUCUUCAUCUGCUUACCUCGACGGUUACGAGGCCACCACUGGCUCAUUUCCCGUCGGAUCUAGAUCCAAGGUUCUUGUAACCGCAGACUUGGAUUAUGAUGUCAAGAGAUUGCUGAACAAAAAGGACACUGCAUCGCUCAGAUCAGCAUUUGGCGAACGAGGAGACAUCAAGAACAAGAACUUUAAGAGAAUGAAGUUGAACACACACAUUUCUACUUCUCUCUCAGGUUGUAAUUUGGCAGAGAAUGAGGAUGGCAAUUUCCUGCUACCUGACUUGAAUUUAAUGCCAUCUGAGGAGGCCACAUUAUAUGAUAGUAUGAGGAUUGUAAGGUGAAGAAACUCACUUAAAACCAUGAGAAAUGAUUUGAUCAAAGUGGACUGGUCUGAUCAUCUUUUGGCUCAACGUCUGAAAAGAGUCUGCCUCCCAGGAGCUGAAGAACAAAAAGAAAAGAUCAGUGUAUAAAUUCCUUAAGGAAGUUUCAUCCAUAUAUAAGAUAAAGAUCAUAAGCAGAUGUGUAAGAUAAAGAAAACAUAUUUUUUGGUUUCUUUGUAGUGUCAUUUUGUAAUGUUUGUCUAUAUUAGCACAAGGAGUCUUUUUGUAAUGUUUUCUUUGAUGACUCUUCGCUUAUAAAAUCCAAGCAAACGAG